CUCGUUCGAAAGAAGAAAGUGUGAACGAGCGUAAUUGAGCUAGUUCGUCACCACAGAUUAUCGCUGCAAUCAGCUGGGGAAUUUCUUCACUAUACAUUUAUAUGAAAACAAUUGAGAAUCUGAUCGUGACAUGAGUACAGAUUUUACCAACGUAGCAUCUGAGAAUCAUGUUGUUACACAGAAUGUCUGAUUGCUACUUGUGAAUGGUGCUGGUGAUACGUUUAACGUCAUUUUGAAUACGGAGUAGAAGCAGAAAAAAAAUUAUUGUCUGCCAAGAAUAUGGCGAACGAGGUUGCUACAGAAAUUAAACGAUUAGAUAUAAAUAAUUCUAAUAUUAAUGUUAAAGGUGGAACAGAAGAGGAAGAUAUAGUGAAUCCAUGGAACGUGGUUAGCAAAUCUGAAACUGGAAUAGAUUAUGAUAAAUUAAUAAAAAGGUUUGGUAGUUCUAAGAUUGAUGAUGACUUAUUGGAUAGAUUUGAGAAGGUGACAGGCCAUCCUAUUCAUCAUCUGCUACGACGCGGAAUAUUUUUCUCACAUCGAGACAUGCACAAAAUUUUGACAUUGUAUGAACAGGGAAAGCCAUUCUAUUUAUACACAGGACGUGGCCCUUCAUCUAGCUCAAUGCAUGUUGGACAUCUCAUUCCCUUCAUUAUAACCAAAUGGCUGCAGGAUGUAUUUGAUGUUCCUCUGGUCAUUCAGUUAACUGAUGAUGAAAAAUUCCUGUGGAAAGAUAUGAAAUUAGAUGAUGCAAAUCAGUUGGCUUUUGAAAAUGCCAAAGAUAUUAUUGCAUGUGGGUUUGAUGUUGAGAAAACAUUCAUCUUCUCUGACUUUGAUUUUAUUGGGCAGUGUCCCGCCUUUUACCGUAACAUGAUUCAAAUAGGCAAAUGUGUCACCUUCAAUCAAGUGAAGGGUAUAUUUGGGUUUGGUGACAGUGAUGUAAUUGGAAAGAUUAGCUUUCCAGCAGUUCAGGCUGCACCUUCAUUUUCAAGCUCAUUUCCCUUCAUUUUUGGAAAAGCAAAUUUACCCUGUCUCAUUCCCUGUGCCAUAGAUCAGGAUCCAUAUUUCCGGAUGACACGUGAUGUGGCCCCAAGGCUUGGCUAUCAUAAGCCAGCACUUCUGCAUUCUUCAUUUUUCCCAGCACUGCAGGGAGCACAGACAAAGAUGUCUGCUAGUGAUUCUAAUACGUCAAUCUUUCUUACAGACACACCAAAGCAAAUCAAGAACAAGGUAAAUAAGCAUGCUUUCUCUGGAGGUCAGGCAACAGUAGAGGAGCAUCGAGAAAAAGGAGGAAAUUGUGAAGUAGACAUUUCGUAUCAGUACCUACGAUUCUUCCUUGAAGAUGAUGAAGAACUAAAAGAAAUUGAAAAGAAUUACACUAAUGGGGAUCUUCUUACUGGAGAAAUAAAAAAGAAGCUAAUUGAGGUUCUUCAGCCUAUAAUUACUGCACACCAGGAACGUCGAGCAAAAGUUACAGAUGAUAUAGUGCAUACUUUCAUGACUCCUCGAAAAAUGAAGUACAGUUAUUAAUAAAUGGAUAAAUAACGAAUGUCUUGUUCAAUAAGGUACUCUGUACGCUUACCAUUAAUGGAAGUAAAUAGAGUACAGAGCAGGAGA